CAAGGGUGCUGUGGGCGGGGCCGGUGCUGCGCGAUGGACGCGGUUCUGCUCGCCGCCGCUGCCGUGCUGCUCGCCGUCCUUCUCUUCUUCGCCACCCGCCUCCGCGGCCAAGCCAGGGCAGCUGACGAGGAGCACCAGCAGAAUGUGGCAGCAGCAGCAGCAGCAGCAGCAGGGGCCAGGCCCCGGCCCCACGGGGAGGAACGGGCAGAGGGGCUGCCCCGGCGCCGCAGGAACAUGGGCAGCAGGCUGAUGGCCCAGAGGAGAGCCCAGCAGGCACAGGAGUGGCUGGAAGAGGAAGAGGAUGCUGAGGAGGUGCCAGAAUUUCAGGUGUCUGGGAAAAUUGGAGCAAAGAAGCAGAGGAAAUUAGAAGAGAAACAAGCCAGGAAAGCACAGAGAGAGGCUGAAGAAGCAGAGAGAGAAGAAAGGAGAAAGCUCGAGUCAAAAAGAGAGGAGGAGAGGAGGAAAGAAGAGGAGAGGAUUCGUCUGGAGGAGGAACGACAGGAAGAGGAAAAAAGGAAGGCAAAGGAAGAAGAGGAGAAGAGAGAAUAUGAAGAGUACCUGAAGCUGAAGGAGAGUUUUGUGGUUGAAGAGGAAGGGGUUGAAGAAUCAAUGACAGAGGAGCAGUCUCGCAGCUUUCUUAUGGAAUUCCUGGAAUAUGUUAAGAAAACAAAGGUUAUCCAGCUGGAGGACUUGGCUUCACAUCUGGGUUUAAGGACACAGGAUGCAAUUAACAGAAUCCAGGACCUGAUGGCAGAUGGCACCCUGACAGGUGUGAUUGAUGACAGGGGAAAGUUCAUCUACAUCACUGCAGAGGAGAUGGCAGCCGUGGCCCAGUACAUCAAGCAGCGAGGCCGAGUCUCCAUUGCAGAGCUGGCCCAGGCCAGCAACUCCCUCAUCAACCUCCAGCCUGACAGCAGAGCUGUGCCUCCAACCCUGGCCUGAGAGACACACUGCAGGAGUUUAACCUCUUAAUGAAUAAAGCACUUCAUUAAAGGCAAACGAGAACCUUCGUGGUGCCUGAAGGUAGGAUGCUCUUUUUGAAGCACCAGCUGCAAACUCAGAGGUUUUCAGAACUGGUGUUAAAUGGUAGAGUUGAUUGUACAAGAGGCUGCUCAGGAACUCAAACACUGAUGCACCUGUGGCCCAGGAGGAUCAGUCAUUUAUCCCCUGGCAGCCAGUCUCAUGUUGUUAUAAACAAACUUUUUAUUGUUUGCAGAUUCUGAUGUCUGUAUCAGAUAGCUUUGGGGUUGAUUGCAUUCGGGGUUUGCUAUAAACAAACUUCUUUAUUGUUUGCAGAUUCUGAUGUCUGUAUCAGAUAGAUUUGGGGUUGAUUGCAUUCAGGGUUCUCCAGGCUUGCUCUGCACUGUGGAGCUGUUUAACUUUGUGAUGGACACAGCGUAGGUGUGUAGGCUUUGGCUGCUGUACUCAGAUUGGAAGGAAAGAGUAAAAAGAAAAUACUCUAUGUGUGUCUUUGUUCUUGCUGAAAUACAUCCUGAAACUCUGAAAAGAAUGGUUGCUCUGUUCAAAAUUCCAGGGGCUAUUUCAGGAAACCUUUGCUAUAUAAAUAUGUUUUCCUUGGUUUAUGUAACAUGAGAAGUUUGCUUGCAGACAAGCUGCAUCAUUUCCCUGUAGCCAAGAGACAGAAACCCCUCCAGGGAAGGGCUGACUGGGCUCAUUUAUUGUGCAGGCCAGUUCUGCUGAUACCACCCAGAUCCUGGUGAUUCAUCCUUUGAAGUCAGAGCCAGCUCAGAGUGUCUGAAGGCCUCAGACACCCCCACCCCGUGGCCUCUGUGUUCUGCAGGUCUGGGGGUUUUUAAAUAAAAACUUCAGACACUCUGAGUCACGUAAUGAAUGUUCCAAGUUAAUGAUUAUUAAUGUAUUAAUUGUAUGGGUCAGUGUAUUUCCUGCAUAAGAAUAUUUAUUUUUUCAAUCAUUGAUUCAUUCUCCUUUCUGAAAUCAGCAGAAUUUAUGUGGGUAAACAGUAAUUGGGGAGGACAAGAGGUUUUGUCUCUGCCAAACUUAGAGGUAACUUGAGCAGACUAAAAGCCACCUUAUCAGUGGGAUGAGACAGCAAUAAAAGAAUGGAAGGAAACAUUUCCUUUUAAUCUCUGCACUGCUGCUGGAUGUGAGAGUGCAGGAGAGUGGAGUUCCACCAGCCCCAUGUGUUGGUGUGAAAGACCAGCACAUCCUGAGUGCUGUACAACCACAGCCAGCAAAGAGGUUAUUGAACAUUUGAGGCUUGUAAAGUCUCUUGCAUGUUAAUUUUUUAAAAAUAUUUGGGUUUGCCACUGUUCUUUUGUUCUGUCUUCAAUUAUUCUUGUAAUAAAAUCAACAAUAUUGAAAGAA